GGCGGGCGCUGGAAGAGGAAGCGGGGAAGCGCUCCCGGGCGGUGGCGGUGGGGUCACGAACUCUGACCUGUCACAGGGCACGGCACACACAACAAAACACCCCCGACCCCAACACAGCCCCGGCCCCCUCCCCUCCGCGGGCCCCACAGCCCCUUGCCGCCCCCGCGGGGGGAGGGAGGGCCGCUGCUGGGCACCGGCCUGCCCGGGCCCGGUCGGGUCACCGCCACUGCACCUUUGGCGCCCAUUCCUGAGGUUCUCUAAUGGUCUUGUUUCACCAUGGCUACCAGUAUGAAGGUGCUGGCUCAGCAGGUGGCUGAGGGCCCGACUGCUCAGACUUCGCUAUCUGAAUCUCCAGUGAUGACCAGCCCUUCCCAGCGUAUCCAGAUAAUUUCCACAGACUCCUCUGUAACUUCACCACAACGCAUUCAGAUUGUGACAGAUCAGCAAACAGGUCAGAAAAUUCAAAUAGUGACAGCAGUGGAUUCAGCUGCGUCUCCAAAGCAACAGUUCAUUUUAGCUAGUCCAGAUGGAACUGGUGCAGGAAAGGUGAUCCUGGCAGCACCUGAGGCAUCUAAUGCCAAGCAGCUUAUCUUUACCACCACAGACAACAUUGUGCCAGGCAGAAUUCAGAUAGUGACAGACUCUGCUUCAGUGGAACGUCUGCUAGGAAAAACUGAUGUUCAGCGGCCCCAGGUAGUAGAAUAUUGUGUAGUCUGUGGUGAUAAAGCAUCAGGUCGUCACUAUGGUGCUGUCAGUUGUGAGGGAUGCAAAGGUUUCUUUAAAAGGAGUGUAAGGAAGAAUUUGACCUACAGUUGUCGUAGCAACCAGGACUGUAUCAUCAAUAAACACCAUCGGAAUCGAUGCCAGUUUUGUAGGCUUAAGAAAUGUCUAGAGAUGGGCAUGAAAAUGGAAUCAGUUCAAAGUGAAAGAAAGCCUUUUGAUGUACAGCGUGAAAAACCAACCAACUGUGCAGCUUCUACUGAAAAAAUCUAUAUAAGAAAAGAUCUUCGAAGCCCUCUAAUAGCAACUCCAACAUUUGUGGCAGAUAAAGAUGGGACACGGUCAGCUGGUCUUCUUGAUCCAGGAAUGCUUGUGAAUAUUCAGCAGCCUUUGAUCAGGGAUGAUGGUACAGUCCUCCUAGCUGCUGAUUCCAAGGCUGAAACAAGCCAGGGUGCCUUAGGAACACUAGCAAAUGUUGUAACAUCUCUUGCUAACCUCAGUGAAUCGCUAAAUAAUGGAGACACUUCUGAAGUUCAACAAGAAGAGCAAUCUGCAAGUGAGAUUACACGGGCAUUUGAUACUUUGGCUAAAGCGCUUAAUACCACAGAUGGUACAACACCUCAUAACCUGGCAGAUGGGAUGGAUCCUACAGGAGGAGGAAAUAUUCAUGUAAUCAGUAGAGAUCAGUCAACACCAAUUAUUGAAGUGGAAGGACCCCUACUUACAGAUACACAUGUCACAUUUAAGCUGACAAUGCCCAGUCCGAUGCCAGAGUACCUUAAUGUGCACUACAUCUGCGAGUCAGCGUCACGACUCCUUUUCCUCUCUAUGCACUGGGCUAGGUCCAUACCUGCAUUUCAGGCUCUUGGGCAGGACUGUAAUACAAGCCUAGUGCGUGCCUGCUGGAACGAACUGUUUACCUUAGGCCUGGCACAGUGUGCACAGGUGAUGAGUCUGUCUACCAUCCUAGGAGCGAUUGUGAACCACCUCCAGAACAGCAUACAAGAAGAUAAACUUUCUGGAGACAGAAUAAAGCAAGUCAUGGAACACAUCUGGAAACUUCAGGAGUUCUGUAACAGCAUGGCCAAGCUUGAUAUUGAUGGAUAUGAAUAUGCCUACCUUAAAGCUAUAGUCCUUUUUAGCCCCGAUCAUCCUGGUCUGACCAGUUCAACCCAAAUAGAAAAAUUCCAGGAGAAGGCACAGAUGGAAUUGCAGGACUAUGUACAAAAAACCUAUCCAGAAGAUACUUAUAGGCUAGCCCGGAUCCUAGUUCGCCUGCCAGCACUUAGGCUGAUGAGCUCUAACAUCACCGAAGAACUGUUUUUCACGGGCCUCAUUGGAAAUGUUCCCAUUGACAGCAUAAUCCCCUACAUUCUCAAAAUGGAAACAGCAGAAUAUAAUGGUCAAAUAACUGGCACGUCUGCAUAGAAGGAGCAACAUAAUUUGAGGGAUUGAAGUAAUUUUCACAAAACCUAUGUAAUUAGGAAGUUAAAAGAGUAAUGUUUCGGUAUGUGCGGAUAAUUCCAACUUGCUAUCAGUUUCCUGACAGAUUUCUCCUUGUCUUUUUCUGAUGUUGACAAAAUUUAAAGCAGCUAUUAAAAGACCUGCUAUAGGACCUUUCCUACCACAAGGAAUAUUUUUGAUGCCUUUCAUUUAAAAGGCUGUAGAUUACUGAACAUACUUUUCACAUGCUUUGUAUUUAGAAACUAUCAGUGGUAUAAAAGUUUUAUAAUAUCAGAGUAGUAACAAAAUUACUUUAAAAGUAAAAAGAACAGUAUGUAUAUAUUUAAAAAUAUCCUUGGAAUGAAUGUCUAGCAGAUGCCAGGGUAUAAUACUAGCACUUUUUAAUCACUUCUUGUCAGAGCAACAGCGUCAUCAAUAUCCUGCUUAUGAGUGUGGAAAAUGAAAAAAAAUGCAUAUGUCCUUAGUCAAAAUGCUAGUGAUUUUUGUAAAAAUGUAGAAUGCUAAAGGAGACAAUCAUUUAAUCUACAAAAAGUCACUUGCUGUUAUGUUAUGCAUGAAAUAUUAAUGUGGAUUCUUAAAUCGGAUAUCCACGUUAUAUGAAACUAUAUCUGUUAAAUUAGAGUAGUUGUAAUACACAAAUACAGUGCAGUCAUAGUGACUAUUACGUGUUACAACGAUUCCCCACACUAGAGAAAAAAGUGUCACAAUAAUGAUUGAAUAUGCAGGUUCCUUAAAGUGUCUAUUCAGACAAACACAAUCAUGACAAAUCUUAAUCUAAGAAGUAGCCUUUUGACUUUGGGGAAAAUCAGUCAUUAACUAGAAGAGCAGUAAUUUUCAAAUAGAGCCAUGUGAUGCUCUUUGAGUAUGCUCUUUUUAUGCUCCAGACUUACUCCUCCCCUCUGUACUCUGAACACCCUCAUGAUGUAGCCACAGGGUGCAAUUUAAGACCUGAAAUGUAUAGGAUCUCUGGUUGUCAGCAACAGUUUAUUACAAAGCUCUCUCACUUUAUUUCUCCUUCCCUCCCUGAGCACUCCCAGUUUUGCAGGGUUCUCAACUUUCCUGUCACUCAGUUUGAAACCAGAAUAUAGUUAGGAUUUACUCUCACUCAUGUACAAUUGCAGUUGAUGACACAUACACCAUGGAGAUAUAAAAUUAACUACUUUUUAACUGUCUCGAGUGAUGAGCCAUCAACACGUUUGCUAGUAGUACUGGCCAUUAGCUACUAGUAUAGUUUUCAUUUUAGUAUAAUUUAUUAUUAUGGCUGUUCAGUAUUUUAAAAUCAAGGAUUUUGUAAAAAGUCAUAGCAAUUAAUACCUUCAUUUGAUCCUGGCUCAUUAGAUGCAUUAAUUAUUUUAAUUAUUUGUGUGUUAGAGGCAUUCUUACUUUCAUAGUUUUAUGGGACAAAACUUAUGAUAAGUUCAGCACUUUGGUUUUUCUUCUGCUAUUGAUAUUUAUUUAGAAACAUCAACUAGGUUGGUAUUUGUGACUUUUCAGAGUCUGAAUUGUAGCCAAAAGACCUUAAGCGAGGCUUCUAAAGUAACCAAAAAACCUUUUAUACUUCAUGUUGUUAGGAGGUUGAUAUUUGUAGCACUUACUGUGACACAACAGACUAUUUAAGUUUAGCUUCUGGAUGCAUUAAAGUCUUCUGCAGUUACUAUUUUUAGCACAUUCAGAAUCUUCUUUUCUCAGAAGGGUAUUACAGAGUUCAGUAUCCAUGCAGAGAUUUUUAAUAUUGCACUUUUAUCUCUCUCUGCUUUUGCUAUAGCAAAUGAAAUUGUCAUAUUGUUCACAUGAUGGAAAGUCUGCUCUUUACAUGUGAAGUCAGCUGGACUUCAGCUUUUAGUACCAAGCAUUUUAUUGCAGAGUAACUGCUGUGGGAUUAUGUCAGCACUUCUGCUGCACAGUCCUUAUGUUAAGGGUAUACAAUUUAAAAAUUAAUGAUGAUAUUAACAUCAGAAACAGUAGCUACCUUGGAAGGAGUAGUAGCUGCUUUUGUUAAAAUUUAAAUUUUACUGGGUUAUGUCGUUGUUCUGCAAGCAGAAUGCAUUUAACUAUUGUGGGGUUUUUUGUUUGUUUGUUUUUUGUGGGUUUUUUUUAGCCAAAAGGAUUACAGACCUUAAUUUGCUUUCAGUAUUUCAUAAAAAUCAUUUAGGCAGAUAAGAAAGCAUUUUAAUGGUAAAUGAAAUAUUCCUUAGCACAAAAACUACCAUUGGAAUAUUUGGUUUUAAAUCUCAAUACGCACCAGCUAUCUUUUCCUUAACAAACAUCAAUUCAACUUCCAACUUUUCAAGUAAAAGUGCCCCAUUUUCUGUGUGAAAAUUUGUUUUUAAUUUUUAUUACUUGUGAUCAUAACAAUUAAGAAAAGAAGGUAAAGGCAUUAGAGUUUUUUGGGAACAAAAGGAUCACAUGAAAUAAAAUGUAUUCCUUGCCUUGCAUUACAUAUGUAAAUUGAAACAAUAAGUAUCAUGCAGCUCUGUUCACAAACAAACUACACUCCCCAUAAAUGCAAGGUCACAUAAUGAUAUCCUUGCUCUAACCCUGCUAAUUACUUACUCUGCAAAUAGUUAUUAAAUGGCUUAUUAGGGAAAAAAAAAUAAUUUGUGUAAAUUGAGUAACAACCAUGCAAUCCAUAGUUGUGCAUGCAUUUAAUAGAUGAAAUGAAGCAGUUCCAUCCUUAAGAUUUGGAUAUUUCCACCUAAAAGCUAUACAGUCCCUCUUUGUGUAGCAUCAUUUACAUGAUUUGUUGGCUUGCAGAGCUCAGAACCAAGCUACCUAGUUCUGAUGUCACUAACAAAAAUUACUCUAACUAUACACUAUUUUGAUUCCAAGACUAACAUUUUGGAUUGUAGAAAUUUGAGCAUAUGUGGGUGCCUGAGCUAUUUCCUCCCAGGGAGAGGACUUUUGUGCUUCCUCUCUUUGAACUUCUCGAGAUUUCUGUUGGCCUGUUUCUCCAGCCUGUCACAAUCCCUGUCAGUGGCAGUAGGACCUGUGAUGCACACAGUGCAGCUGCACAAUGAGGCAAGCUUUGCACCAUCUCUGCAGAAAAUAGUGCAACAUUGACAUAGUUCUUGGAAUUUCUGAGGUUUGUUCCAUCCCUCCUGCUGUGACUGGAAGAUGGUAACAGGCUAAUCUUAGUAGCUUUAUUGUUAAAUUAGUUUCUUUUUUUUUUUUUCUCCUUUAAAAGUGAAAACUUCCUUAUGAAUAUGGGACAGGAGAGUUUUUAUUAUUGUAACAAUUAUUGAAGGACUAUUUUUUGAGUAUUAAAUAUUGAAUAGCUUGUUUUCAAAGGGUGAAAUUUAAAUGCCGAACUUGUUUUCACAAAACUUGGUGUCAAAGUAAUUCUAUGAAAAGUUCAUCUCACCGCAGCUCUACUGAGUGCCAAAAUUUAUUCUCGUCAGAAUUUCUGAGGUUCUAUUUCUGCUCUCUUGAAAUGAAAAUAUUUUAACAUGGCAGAAAUACAGUAAUAAAUUAUCUGAUGAGAUUUAUAUGAACCUGAGCAAGUGUGUAUACUAGUCACAAUUCAUUCAGACAAAUGGUAGAAUUCUGUGCUGACUGAGACUGGGGCAUUAUAAUGAGGCAAUGCAGGGAAUGAUAAUGAAGCAGUAAUGUCCACUGUGCUUCAUUUGUUUUUCAACUCUUUUUCAAAGGAACUGGAUUUGAAUCUUGUAGAUAAAAAGCAUUUGGACUAGCUUUGUCUUAAUGGUUUUAAUUGCAUUUGUGACAAAUGUUGGAAGGUAUACUCUUUUCUUCCCUUUAUUUACUAAUAUUGGACUGUAGAGUCAGAGUGAAGACUUUGUGCAAAAGUAAUCUUUCUCUGCCUAUUUACGUUGCUUAUAAAUUAGCUGCAAUGCUUUUGGUGUCUGUGGAGUUACCCUUGCAUGAAACUGGUAGAAGAGAUAGAAACUGGUAGAAAAAAAUUAUCUCCAAGGAGAGAUCCUUCUAAGAAGUCAUAAAAGGCUUUCUUUUAGCUGCCUUAAAAUGUUGCAUUAAGAAGGCUUAGUUUCCAGAGCACUCUGGGGCAAGAAAUUAUUGUUGCUCUCCACUGAUUAGUUUGCAUCAUUUGCCAAGUCUCCUUUCACCAUCUUCUGAAGCCCUUGGCUUCCCAGACAGCUGCAAUGCCUCUGGUGAGGAGCUCUGGCUCCAGGUCUGUGUGCAGAAUCCAGCGGCUCUGCAUGGCCAGUACAGUUCUCUUUGGCAAAGGGCACAUUCUGAGGCUGCCAUAGAGAACCAAGUCAGGGCUGAAGCUCCCAGGUGAAAUCAGUUUCCUGGCUCUUGUUUCUCUUUUGGCAGAGACUGUAUAACACUUGUGUGGUUUUUUUAUUGUUCUUUAUAGUACACAGGUUCCUGAACGAUUUCAUUCAGGAUACUGCAGCUGUCAGUAGAUUUUCCUGCCCAUUAAAAUUCAGACAGUAGUUAGGAUUCUUUCCUGAUAACCUGCUAUUUAAUUAGUAAAAGGUAAUUAAAAAAAAAAAAAUAGUACCAAAUAGCAUGACUAGCAAUGGGUUUCAGGAAUACAGUUUAACCAGGAAGACAGAACUGGAAAUGAAUGGGCUGAGGGUACUGCCCGAGCCGAGCAGUGACAAAGCAGCUUCCUGCACUAACAGCACCAGUCAGGGCCCUGUUUGAAUCAGGUGGAGUGAGUAGUAGAACUGGUAGGUCAGUUAGACACAUAGAUGUACCAGCACAUAUCUACUGGAUGAUACCAUCAUGAAAAGAACAAAAAUGUUGAUUUUCUGUUUGAGAUCCCUCUCUUCCUCUCCAGUUACUCUUAAUAGUGCAAAAGCAGGGGACGUUGGGGUUUUUUCACCUACUCUUGUUCCUAUGAGAAACAGCAGAAAUGCCAGCAAACACAGGCAGAUUCCCACCUGUUCCCAGGGUUUGCCACACUACCCAUACAGCAGCAGAAGAGCUUUUGCAGUACUUGGCUCUGGUGAUAAGCAUGGCCAGCUGUGACAGCAGCACACAACAGCUGCAGUUCUAACAUCUCCAAACAAUCCAGGAGGGAUCAGCCAAAUGAGGGCAUGGUCACCCUAAAGAGGAGAGUGAGGGGCAGAGGAAGGACAAAUUUCCAGCUUGUACUGGAUCUUGAAUGACAGGAAAUUAGUUUAGAAACAUGUUUAUAUGAAAAAUUACCAAGAGGGGAUGGCAAAGGAGAGACAAUGAAAACAUUUACUUUUUGCACCUUUUAAUUAUAAAGUUGCUGAGUUAUUUUAAGAGUAAAUACUCCUGAAUUAAGUUCAGGCUUGUUGUUUGAUACCAUUCACCCUUCUUGAUAGAUAAUGCUAUAGCCCUACUUUCACUGCAAUCCUCUGCGAGUCUUAUCAACAUAUGGGAAAUUAUUUGUGCAAAAAAAAUCAGAACAUUAUUUAUACUGGAGUUGCAAGUUAAAUUCUUUGUAAAGUGUAGAUGCUCCAAGUUUAAGCAACUAAAGUUUAGAUGUUUUUUAUUGUGAAGUCAUGCUGAGUUCAUCACAGGUAAUACUGUUGGAAUGGUCCAUAAUUCCCACAACCCGUUCAAUCCUCUGAAUUACAUGAAAGCUUUGAAAAUUACUUAUUAUUGUUAAAUUCCUGCCUGUCUUAUUUCUUUCUAAAGGGUUUGAUAGAGUUGUUCACGUCUAUUUUGUGCCUCCCACCAUUGUGCAUUCUGCAUGUUCAGUUCUAGAACGCACUCGAACAGCUGAUGCAUAUGUACAUAGCUGUAUGUAUGUGUGUAUGAAUGUAUAUGUUUGUACCUCUCUGUCUAAAUAUAUUCUGUACAGUGUAUAGAAAAUAUGUAGUGUAUGUAUAUAUGUACAGAUAUGGAGCAGUUAUUCAUCCAUUAUAUGUGCUAAAGUUUUUUAUUAAUUUGCUAACCCAGAGCUUCCUAAUUUGGUCAGUCCUCGCAAAUUUCAGACAUUUGCACCUUUUUUUCUAAACCAGUUUGAAUUCACUAUUUGCUGUUCAGAACUGACAAAUAUAUUCCAUAAAUUUUCUGGCUUUUAUAUUAUUCUCUUUAACUUUUCUCAUUUGACCUAUAGAGGUCUGCCAGUCAGUAGUUAAUUGAGCAUAUAAUGCCUGUUAAAAAUAAUGAAUAAAUAACUAUAGUAAUAGAAAAUACUUCCCUGCUCAUGAUAUAUUCAUUCUCUUCCAGCCUCCGGAGAUACUUUUGUAAUGUUGCAUUUUUUGUGAAGCUUGGUAAGAGACCGAUUGUUUUGUUUUUAAGUCUUCAUCUGUGGCAAAAUGAAAGUAAACCAAGUUGCUUUUUAUCACUGAACUGCAGCACACAGAUCAGGAGAUAAUAGAUACUGUUUAAUAAAUCAAUAUUCAUAUUGCCAUAGUGAUCACAUGAAAUCAACCUGUGAGUUAGAGACUGUGCGCUCUGUUCAGUGAAACAGCAGCAGCUCUGGUACAAUGGUAAUUAAAUAGUAGGAACGUUGCAGGUAGUUAAUUUCUUAGCAAGCGUCAAGAUAUCUCCAGGAUUUUCACAAUACAUUUCAAUUGUAUAAUCACUUUCCAAAGUUUUUAUCUUCCAGCCUAAACUGAACACAACUAGUUGCUUGAUUUAGUUGUCAGACUAAUGUCCCUUUCCACAUUCUGUCCUUUCCUGGGUCUGCAAUCUGGGCAGCUCCUGCACUGCCUGUGACAGUCUCACCAUCCAUGUGGGACCUGGGCACACAGUUGGAAAAUGAGAUGUGGAGUAAGACAAUUUCUUAUUCUUGAGGAGUCAAACAUUAUAUUAUGAAAGUAUAAACAGGUCUUGUUCUUUUUUUAUUUUGAUGAAGUUAAGAAGGAAGCCUUCUAUGAAGUAAAUCGGUUAACUGUGGACUUUUAAAUAAGCAUUUCACAGACCAUGCAGGGCAGUAGUUCAGCAAGUCUUGUUUCUGUCAUUAAAAAGGUGAAGUAGAAUUUUCUGGGCAUUUACUUCCACCUUUUGUGCUCACUGUGGCAAAGACUUGUGUAUAUUUAAUCAGAUAAUAAGACACCAGUCAAUAUAAUAUAAACUUUGUGCAUGCUUAAAGUGAACCACAAGUCUGAGGAAAGUUUGCAAGGGAAAAUGCUGAGAAUGUUCUCUUUUUUGGUGUAUUGGUUAGUGAGCAUUUGUAAGCUUUUAUUUCAAAUAUAGGAAUAAACCUGUAGCCUUUAAAAACCUUAUUUCUGCAAUUUUCAGCAGGAAAAUUAUUUAAUUUCAUGUCAGGAAUUUCUGUGACAGAUAGUCCUUUAUUGGUUUCUGGACAAUUGGUGCUGUUUGAAUGCUUGCUUUCCUCUUUAAAGGUGAAUAGAAACCUGAAAGUCUGUUAAAGUCGUUGUACUGGGGGUACAGUUUUAAAGUUUAGGAAGACAAUUGGGGCAUUAAUCAAGAGUGAAUCUGUUUAAAAAUUCAACGGUGAAUUCAGAAAAAAAAAGGCAAAGUUCAGUGAAACUGAAUGUGUUAUAUCCACAUUUGAAUUUUUUGUAUUCUGAAGGACAAAAUGUGCUCAAAUUUAGUGGCAAUAAAGGCUCUGCAAUAAUACAACACAGGUCCAUUUUAACGGUAUUUUCGUGAUUGUGGUUUAGAGUAGCACUGAAUAAAUUUCAAAGAAAAAGCACAGUCUUUAAGAAGAAAACAUUUUACUUACAGACUGUAUAUGUUAAAUUUUUCAUAUAUGGAAUCAAGAUAAAAUGUUGGGAUAUUUUUAAUAAUUAAUCUGUACUCUGAAAUACACUGGAAGCCAGUGUUCAUAGUUUCCUAACUGAAAACUGCACACUGUUGUAUGUGUAUUGGCAUGCUAGGGAGUGCUGAGCUCCUACAAAACCAGCAAAUUUUUACAAAAGGAAGCAUCUACUUUCAGUUUCUUGGGAUAUAUUCUGGAAGUCUCUGUUCCUUAUAAUUUAGAAAACUAUUGUUUAUGUUUAUUUUUAAAACUUUGCAAAAGUUAAUUUCUCACAGCUUUUGUGAAAUCAGUAAUUGUGUGUGAUAACAUUUAAAAAUAAUAGCAUGUUCUUUUUAUAAACUAAAUUUUAUAUUCAAACAAUGUCUUCAGUUACAAAGGAAUUUGCAUUGUUGUGUUUGUAUAUAGAGUAUCGCAGUGCAUGAUUUAGCUUAUGCAUUUUAUUAAAUGCUGUUGUGUCAUUAUAUUGUUGCGGUUAAUACUAGUAGCUA